UUAUAUCUGAUAGAAGAAGAGCGGUCGAGCCCUUUUCUUCGAGAGAGUGAGAGGGAGAGAGAGCGAGAGAGGGUGGGAUGUCUCACCGGAAGUUCGAGCACCCGAGGCACGGGUCCCUGGGUUUCCUCCCGAGGAAGAGGUCGACUCGCCACCGCGGCAAAGUGAAGUCUUUCCCGAGAGAUGAUCCAAGCAAACCAUGCCGCCUCACAGCCUUCCUUGGAUACAAGGCUGGAAUGACCCACAUUGUCAGGGAUGUCGACAAGCCUGGAUCAAAGCUUCACAAGAAGGAAACAUGCGAGGCUGUGACAGUCAUUGAAACACCUCCAAUGAUUGUUGUUGGGGUUGUUGGUUACAUCAAGACACCACGCGGGCUCCGGACUCUAAACACAGUUUGGGCUCAGCAUUUGAGCGAAGAGGUGAGGAGGAGGUUCUAUAAGAACUGGUACAAGUCCAAGAAGAAGGCAUUCACAAAGUACUCCAAGAAAUACGAGAAUGAUACAGGGAAAAAGGAAAUCGAGGCUGAGCUAGAGAAAAUGAAAAAGUAUGCAUCAGUUGUUCGUGUCCUAGCCCACACACAGAUAAGAAAAAUGAAGGGUCUGAAGCAGAAGAAAGCUCACUUGAUGGAGAUUCAGGUGAACGGUGGAACAGUGGCAGAGAAGGUUGAUUAUGCCUACAAGUUCUUUGAGAAGCAAAUCCCUGUGGAUGCUGUCUUCCAAAAGGAUGAGAUGAUUGACAUAAUUGGUGUGACCAAGGGUAAGGGGUAUGAGGGUGUUGUCACUCGCUGGGGCGUCACCCGCCUGCCACGCAAGACCCACCGUGGGCUUCGUAAGGUAGCUUGUAUUGGUGCUUGGCAUCCAGCUAGGGUGUCCUUCACUGUUGCCAGGGCUGGACAAAAUGGAUAUCACCAUCGUACAGAAUUGAACAAGAAGAUCUACAAACUUGGGAAGAACGGGCAAGAAUCACAUUCUGGAGCAACAGAGUUUGAUAGGACUGAGAAAGACAUCACCCCCAUGGGAGGGUUCCCCCACUAUGGUGUGGUGAAGGACGACUACAUCCUCAUCAAGGGAUGCUGUGUUGGUCCUAAGAAGCGCGUUGUGACCCUCCGUCAAUCUCUGCUGAAGCAAACCUCCCGGGUUGCCAUGGAGGAAAUCAAGCUGAAAUUCAUUGAUACCUCAUCCAAGUUCGGCCAUGGUCGUUUCCAGACUACACAGGAGAAGGCCAGGUUCUAUGGGCGGCUGAAAGCGUAAGGGACGCAAACAUGGUAGUCCUUUUCGUUGAGGUUUCGGUUUUUUCAGUUGAGAUAUAUAUUCUCGUUUUCCAUUGCAAGCAGGACAUUCUUCGCUUGAAAUUAUGUUUUUUGGUAGCGACAGCAGAUUUUGUUUUAGUUCUGAGAUACAUUUUUGUCUUCUAUAUGUUAUUAGGCUGGACUUCUAUGCAUUGUGUUGCACCGAAUGGUUUGGUCUUUAGUUUCCGAUAUAUAUAUUCUUCUGGAUUAUGAAUUUCAUAA